AUGCCAGACACGCCAGAACAGAACCAGGUUCCCGGAAUGGAACAAAACCCUAUUCUACCUAAUCCAAAUAAGAUAGCCGGAUAUCAAAAUUUAGUAACUAUUUUUGACGGAGAAAUUUUUACUAAUGUGGAGUAUUUUGUCAAAAACUUAGAGGAUAUUGGGAAAAUUGCACGAUGGAAUGAUUCUGAACUUAUCGCAGUUUUGAAAAGUAAAUUAAAGGGUCCAGCUUUACAGUUUUUCAUGAACGAUCCAGAAUUAAUUAAUGAGGAGCUAUUUUCAAACAUUAAAGAGAAGUUUAUUAAAUUUUUCGAAAAUAGAACGACCUUAAGUCAUAGGCAGCAACAGUUCUCCAACUGUCGCCAAAAUCCCGGCGAGUCGGUGCGAAAUUUUUCUUCGAGGGUCUCAAACUUAACGGUGAAUUAUUUUGGCCUUCAAAAUUCUAGCAAAGAAGACGCAGGACCAAUUGUAAAUCAGACAAAACUAGCAAAAUUUCUAGAGGGAUUACAAACCCCUCUUAAACGGUUGGCGCUCAACAGAAAUCCAUCCACAUUUGAGGAAGCAGUUGAAAAUGCUCUCUUGGAUGAAAUAAAUAUGCAGUUCACUGAUGAUACCGGAAACUGUAAUAAUUGUGCAAUAGAACCCCAAAGUGCAAUCCAAAAUAAGCUAACAGAAAUCCUUGAUAAGCAAGCAGAAAUUUCAAAUCAUAUGAUUAGUACACUAACAAACCACAUACAAAAAAUGAGCAUACAGGAGCAAUCGCCUCCUCCCCGUUACCCAAGCCCGCAUAUCGCCAAAAUCCGAAGUCAGGCUUGGUCUGAGAUGAAAGCAGGACAAGCAACAAAAAAUCUCGAGUUUUUUGUGGAUGAGGGCCGUAAAAUGAAUCAAAAAGUGAACAAGAAGGAUAUUUUAGAAGUUAUUUUACUUCUGUGGGCCUAA